UGUUCUUGUGUGUGUGAUGCAGUGUGAUGGUUUUCAGUUGUUGAUGUGAAAAUUGUGCAAAUUAAAAUACAUUUUAUUGAAAUUACUUGGAAAUGGAAGGGUUCAUCGAGGUGAAUGAAAUAUCGGAUUUCAUUUCGUACAUACGCAGUAUUGAGUGGCGUGACCCAUGGCUAAUGGCACUUGUGUCAUUUCACAUAAUAGUGACAUUCACAUGUUUAUCAACAAGAAACUAUGGAAACUUCCAAGUUGUGCUUUUUAUCAUAUUGUUGUUAUUGGUAUAUUUCUCGGAGAGUAUAAAUGAAGUUGCGGCUCGUAAUUGGGCGUUGUUCUCCAGACAGCAGUACUUCGAUAGCAAGGGCCUGUUCAUAUCAGUCGUCUUCUCCAUUCCAAUAUUACUGAACUGCAUGAUAAUGGUGGGUUCUUGGCUGUAUCAAUCAACACAGAUUAUGACCAACUUAAAGAAGGCACAACUCAGACAGCGCCUUAAAGAGCUUAACAUGAUCAGGGAACAACAACAGCAUUUGAAGUCUGAAUAAGAUGAUGUGAAGUCAAUUUUAUCAUAGUAAAGCUAGCGGGCAGAUAAUAUUUUUGCUAAUGUUGCUUUUGGAUGACAUGGAACAAAAAUAUGUGAGGUAGGUAUGUAAGUAAGACCCAUACAUAUUUUUGCACUUGAUAUGCCAGUAGGUGGAAAAUCCAGUCACUGAGUACAUGGGAUCAAGACAGGAGAGGUAUGUUGUUUUAUAUGAAAAUUUUGGUAUUGAGAAUAGAUCAGUAUUUCGUUUUGUUUUGAAAAAAUAGCUUGAAGAACGAAUGUUUAUAAUGUAAGCGUAGGCUUAAGAACAACUAGUGGGAUAAUACAUGGAUUUUAUUCCAUGUGUCAUGUUGUCAUGUACUCAUAAAACUAAUAAUUUCCAUUACUUUAUUAUUAUUCUAAGUCAUAGGUACGAAAUUUUUCGUUCAAUGUAAUUGAAAGAAAUGUUUUGUUUUGAGCUUUGACGAAUCGCAUGAAGAAUUGUUAUUAUUUUGUUUCAACGUGAUCUUCAGAGAUAUGGUUUGACUUUUGUUGAUUGAUGAUGUUAUUUAAUUAACACUUGGUAUCUAGAUCUAAUUAAUCGUACGUGAAUCUUGCGACAUUAGUGGGACUAAUCAGGUGACUGAUAUACUUAUAACAUGUUAAAUUUAAUUAUCAGAAAUAUCAAUUAGUUUGGAGUCUUGUAAAAAUUAAUUAUGUCUAUGUAUCCAGUAUCAUAUCUUCAAUAUGUAAUACGAGUGCAGUGCAGUUGACUGUUAGUUCAUUUCAAAGAAAAUUUAAUUUCUGUACUGAUAAAAAAAUCGAUACGAUUAAUCUGGCCUGAAGGCAUGUUUUGUUAGCAGACUCAGACUCAAAAUAUCUCUGCAUACACUUUUCCGUAUUUGUAUUGAAUUGUAGUUUAGUCAUUAUUAGUAUUAAAUUAAACGUUGGACUGCUUAACUUGACUUGUAGACGCUUAUAUCUGUCGCUGUACUGGUUACAUAGCACCACUGGGUGCCCACGACACAGGUUAUUCCUAGUGUGGGACCCGCAGACAAAGCAAUAUAAUGUUUACGGAUUUCAUUGUUACCAAUUGUAUUUGAAGGUGUAUGCGUAAACGGUGUGUUUGCAUAAAUAAAAUAUUUGUAUUUGUAUUUGUUAACUCCUAAUAAGCAAGUAAGAAAGGUUAAAAAAGUAUUUUAUAAAGAUUUGGUUUACAUCUCUGCAAAGUAAAUGACUUGCAACUUUUGAAAAUGAAGUUUACUUACUUCAAAAACACGGACAUAUUCUCUUUAUCGUUAUCAAUUACUAUUAGGCCUAUAUCUAUUUCAUGAUCAAGAUGAUACCGGGUGUUAAUAAUAUUAUAAUCUUGCCAUAACUUUUUACAUAAUCAUCGUUUGUGAUUUCGUUGCGAUUCUUCAGUGAUAAAAUGGGAAAUCUUGUUAUUUCUUUGUGAUGUCUUAUUUCCAAUUUUUGUAGCUUUUUUUUUUUCAGAAAUCUCAAAUUUAUUUAAACCGUAAUGUGUGUUGCAUUUCUUUAUUGUAAGUUAUAAGUACUUAAGCUAAAUGUUUAAAAUGUAACCAGUUUAUAUAAUUAUGCCUAAUUUUAUUUUGCAUAUUUUUAUUACGCAAUGUAGGUACCUUAUUUUGUAUGCACUUAAACAUAUCUCUUGCAUUUUCACUUUAUACAUUUUUGGCUAUCGAUUUGCUUCUGUAUAAAUUUAGCAUUGAAUUAGAUUUUACAUCUUCAUCUCUAUCAACUUUUUUCAUCUUAUAAAAUGUAAAUAAAUGUAUGUUAUUUAAAACAAAAAUUCUUAAAACGCUAUGUAUUUUUACACUUUCAUUGUCAAGAACUUAGAAGAUCACUAAUUGAAAUGUUUAGUUUUAACAAAAAAUAUGUUAGGUUUUGGUUCGCAUUAGAUAGAAUUAAUAAUGGCUUUAGCAAGUUUUUUAAAAUAUGACUGAUUUUGAAACGUGACUAGCUUUCGCAAGUUAAUGUCUUGCAUUACUUUUUUACUAAAUGGUAAAUUAAAUACUUUACGCUGUUUACUGCAAUGUGUACAUUUUCGUUUCUGCCUAAAGUUGAAAACACAUUUUCAGGAUUGUGUGUGGCCUCACUAUUAGUCGAUUCAAUAGAGUGAUAGGACCACUUUAUAUUACCAUGUAGCAAAUUGGCCACUGUGUAAGUAAACUGCGGCCUAAAUUUUACUAAUGGUGUUCCACAUUAGGCAUUUUUUGAUUGCAAGGAAGCCAUAGCAUAAUAAGGAAGUGGCGCUUCUGUAUUUUUAAAAUUUAUUCUAUGUUUCAAAUCGACGCGGGGUCUACCCUUUCUAAUAUGUGGACUCGUUCGUUGUGGGUCUUGGACUUCCAAAAAAUGUGCCAUUGACAGGCCUUAUAAUGAAAGAUAAUGGUUUUUGUAUUGUAAUAACUAAACAAAUGUGAUCUAAUAUGAAGGUGCAAUAUUCAUAUACUUAGAAGAUGGGCGAGUGUUGAAGAAUUGGAGAGCUACGUCAUCAAUUGCAUUUAACAGAAAACAUGGCCUCCCAUUUCUCAACGAAUAUUUUUGCAAAUGCAAAUAAUAGUUAUAAUAAACGUGCAUUAUAAAAGAUAUUAUUCAGUACUUAAACUGCUUUCAAAUUAGGUGUUAUUACGCAGCAUAUUGCCGAUAUUUUUUCUUUUUUGGCCUAAAUAUUUAAAUUACUCAAUAAAUACUAGGCCGUCCAUGAAACAAUAUGUGAUUUUUAUAACGUAAUUUUAAAUUUUUAAGCUCCUUCUCAAUGGUCCAUUCUCAGGAUCCAAUUUAGAAAUGUCAUGGAAGAGGCAGACACUGUACAAAUCUUCAUAAUAUUAUUUGUAUUGAUUUUUAAUUUUUGCCAAUAGGUACUAAAUGAAACCAGCUGCCUUAGUUGACAGUAACUAGUAAUAUUUGUAAUUGGAACUUCUCUUUCGUUACAACGAGAAGGUAUUAUAAAUUAUCCAGUUGCUGUAGGUAUUUAGUAAGAAAUAGUUUCAUAGUGCAGGCGCAAUAAAGCUUUUCUCAAAAACCAGUCCAGUAGUUACAUUUUGGACAUGAUUAACGUAUUAAUCGACUUUAAAUCCGAGUUAUAGCAAGUUAAAGUUACCUAAAGUUACAAAUGUAACAAGAGAAAUAACGAAGAUAUGUAUUUAUAGCAAAAUAUUUAUCAUUAUUGUUAAAUUAUGGAAUAUAUUGUAAGAUCGUGUUGCUUGUUAGUAACGAAUGGAAGACUGAGUUGUGUAAAGUGUGAUUUGGGAGUCAAUAAUCCAUGUUAUGUGGAUAGGUACUUAAAUAACACAACGCACAGUGCCAGGCAUGAAAUAAUAAUACACUGACUUGUAAUGUGCUAGGAUUUGUAUUAGAGGUAAUGCUAGAGAGUCUAUGAUGGUUAUGUGUUGUUGAUAAGUUUAUAGUGCUUGUUAAAGGUUUCCAGAUGGCAUGAGUUAAUACAUUUACGUAGUAAAAUUUAUUCCCCCAUAUUAAAGUUUAAAUUUAAAUGAAAAAGUAAACUUAAUAAUUUGCUCGUCGUUGUUUACUGUCAUUUCAAGAUCUAAACUUCGAGGUGUGAAAGUGAAGCUUGGAGUCUAUAAGAUGUGAAUUAUUUAUUGCCUGGUACUGUAGGCUCUGUAUUUUUUACUAUAUCGUAGGCUUAUUUUUAGUUAUUCUUUCAUAAUAAAUUUUCAUCACGUCAUAUUAAUGCGACUAACAAUUUAUUAUUAAUUUAUUUAGGUGACAGCACACCAAAUAUGAAUAACAGUGUAACUGCAGUUACACGUUUUUACAAUUUGAUGACGUAUGAACUAGACUUGUCUGCUGAAAGUUGUUCAAACGUUAACUUACAAUGUUAUUCAUAUUGGGUGUUCAUUACGGUCGAGUUAGUCAGUGUAUUUUAAAUGUUGUCGUAUAUUAAUUUUAGAAUACAAAGCCAUUGUAAUAAUUAUAAAAUAUAUUGUAUGCAACAUUAUUAUUUUAUGUGAUGUAUGGUAACUGUGGGUGCAAAGUAUCAGCAAAACGCAAAUGAAUAGAAUACAAGACAAUCGCUUCUGAACCAUAGGAGUAAAUCACUGUGAUACGUAAAUAUGUUAAAAAUUAAAAUAAUCAAUGUAAUUGAGAUAAUCGACACCACCAGUCUGUCUUUAGAUGACCCACGCUGAACUGUCCCACCAAACUCAAUGACAGGGGGGCACUACUAUCGUUCAACUAUAUGGUUUCCAACAUGGCAAAAAUCGGAACCAGCGAUCCGGUAUUGACGGUGGCGCCCCGCUGUCAAUGUCACGGAUAGGACAGUUCAGUAUAAUGGAACUAUACCGUGAUGUUACCUUCCGUGUUUUGUUUAAGCUCACCACUUGGCGCCACUUUAGAUCCUGUCACUUGUAGUGGCUAAGACAGUGGCGCCAACUGGUGAUCGCGGUUGAAGAACUAUCACAUUUGCACUUACUAAGGUGGCGCCACUAUAGAGCUUACUGUACCUUAUUUAUCGCCAGUGGCGUUAGCUAGCGAGCGCAAAUACGUUUCUAAUUUUCAUACAAAAUAAAUUUUAUAAAAUCCGAUUUUGUAUGAAAAUUUAAAUAAUUAAAAUAAAGAUAUCAAUUUUCUGACUUCACCAUACUAUUUAUAUGCCCAUGUUAACAUGGGCUAGUGUCGGCUCAUAUACCUACCCAUUUACCUAACACCCUGUAUAGAUAAUAAAGCACUGAUUGGUUUUUAGAUUAAUGGUGUCAACUAUCCAAUUAUGCUUUUAUGCAUUUCUCAGGACAUAAAGGUAUGUUCACAAAGAAACGGGGAAUGCCUUCAUCAUCAUUUUAGUCAUAGGACGUCCACUGCUUAACAUAGGCCUCCUCCAAUGAAGGCAGGUCGCAACCAACCGGUCAUUAUGGAGAAUGCCUUAUUAAUAAACAAAUUACUCGUACGUAAAAAGUGCAAAGAGCCAGAUAGUACUGAGGGCUUAGUGUGAGUUUACAUCGAACGUCUUCACUAGUGACUGCGUAAAAAGUGACAUUAAAUGUAUGACGGAUUGUACAGCGCACCUAGCGGAAACUUUCAAGAACUAAAAGAAAGGACAUCAUCCACGUUUCAUAUAUUUUUUGUCCAAAAUCAAAAGUGCUGGCCAACAAAAAAAAGUGCUGUAUUCUGACAGAAUACGUCUGCCUUAGCAUUUGUUACUAUGGCACCAAAGCCGUAGCUCCACUGUGCGUCGAGUAUUUGAGAUCUAAAAGUCAUCGACUAUUCAUACAUUUUUUGUUCAAAAUCAAAAGUGUCGGCCAAUAAAAAAAAAGUGCUGUAUUCUGACAGAAUACGUCCGCCUUAUCAUUUGUUACUAUGGCACCAAAGCUGUAGCACCACUAUGCGUCGAGUAUUUGAGAUCUAAAAUUCAUCGACGAUUCAUACAUUUUUUGUUCAAAAUCAAAAGUGUCGGCCAAUAAAAAAAGUGCUGUCUUCUGACAGAAUACGUCCGCCAUAGCAUUUGUUACUAUGGCACCAAAGCUGUAGCACCACUGUGCGUCGAGUAUUUGAGAUCUAAAAUAAUUCAUCGACGAUUCAUACAUUUUUUGUUCAAAAUCAAAAAUGUCGGCCAAUAAAAAAAAGUGCUGUAUUCUGACAGAAUACGUCCGCCUUAGCAUUUUUUACUAUGACACCAAAGCUGUAGCACCACUGUGCGUCAUAGUAUUUGAGAUCAAAGUCAGUCGUUUCAUAUAUUUUUAGAACUCAAAUACUACGAUGCACAGAGGUGCUACAGCUUUGGUGCCAUAGUAAUAAAUGCUAAGGCGGACGUAUUCUAUCAGAAUACAGCACUUUUAUUUUUUGGCCGGCACUUUUGAUUUUGGACCAAAAUGGAUGAUGUCCUUUUCAUACUUAAUUUUAACGCAGUCGAUGUCGAAUGCGUUUGAUGUAAACUCACGCUACACCCACUGUAUGAGACGGUGUAAACACGAGGAUUUCUAUACCUCCUACUUAUUAUGUGCAUCCAUGCACCGUAAUGUGAAUAUAUCUAACUAUCAUAGUACUCAAUAUUAUCUCUUUAUUCCAUCGUAUUCAUUUGCUUUUAAAAUCGUAAUAAUCGAUACGAGUCGCACUGUUGCCAUUUUGCCGUCAGGACGGCGCUAAUUAUUUUCAUAACCUAGAUUAAGGCAAAGUUUAUUUUGGUUUGUGGAUGUUCAAAUAAAGGAAUUGAUUCAGUUAAAAAUUCGUUUUAUUUUUAACAUGAGGUACAAAGUAGCAACACAGAAAAUUAUUAUUACACUUUUUUGGAAUGCAAAAAAAAUUAUCUCGAGGUAGGUAAUCUCGUUACUACUGUCCUUAUAUUGCCAAAUUAUAAUUAAAUUACAAAUAAUUUAUAACCUAAUGAUACCCUAACUAAAUACAUUACGAAAUUGUGUGUAAAGGGUACAAC